AUGACUCAAUCUGUUCGACUGCUUCCUGCGGUGCUGCUGGGCGCUGGAGCGUGGUGCCUGGUUUCAUUGCUGGCUGGGAAGUCGCAGUCCUUCGUAACCUCUGGCGCUGGACCUGAGAAGCAAAGCCGCACAGCCAUGCGGGGAUUCAAGGAUGACUUCUACGCCUGGAAAGACUCUCUGAGCAAGGAUGAGCAGUCUUUGAUCUUGAAGCAAGCCCAGAACGAGUUCGACAAGAAGUUCCGCAAGAGCGACGACUUCAGCAAGGACCUCCCAGAAGAGAAGAUCCAGUCUUUUGCCAAGGUUCUCAAGAAAUUCUUCGACAACGAGAAGGAAGACUACAAGAAGGACGCGGAUCAGAGGACUCCGGACUACGACGCCUUGAAGAACAAGGCGGCCUUGGUCUCUUAUGACUUCGGCCUGAAGAGGCGCGUUGUCGAGAUUGACCGCGAUGCCGACCGCCGGUGGAUGUUCGCAUCCAUGAAGGCGCGCGUGGCCGAGGAGAAGGACGAGACGGUCUCGGACAGUGCCCCCUUUGAGGAUGCCUACAAGUUCUCCAAGGACACCGCGGAGGAGGUCCACAAGUUCAUCGCCAAGGCCAACAGUGCCCCCAGCGCCCCGAAAGAGCUGAAGGCAGAGAUCGACAAGAUGCUGAAGGAGAACCCGCCCUCCGACGACUUCAAGGUGAGGUUCCCCAGGGUCUUGCAUGAGCGCCUCGCCCAGAAGGCCUUGGCGCUGGCACAGGAGAUUGAGGACUACAAGGCAAACCACUCCGAGGCUGAGGUCAAGGAGUUCAACCAAAGGACUGCGCCAGAUGAAUUUCUCAAGGCGGCUGCCGAGCUCAUCCCCGCGUACUAUGAGGCUCGGGAGGCCAACGAGAAGAAGGUCCAGGACCUGAAGGCUUUCUUCCGCUCCCAGAAGAACGUCCCCGGCAAGACGAAGGCUGGAAGUGGGGAGUGGGAUGAAGUGGGUAGGAGAAGGAUUGCAGCAUAUUGCAGCACUAGUGGGAAGGUUGUAGGUCUGCUGCGCGUGUGCCAGGCGGACAUCGUCAAAGAGAUCUUCAAGGUCAUGCCGAAAUACUCCGACACCCCGAUGCCGCCCUUGGACGAGGAGAUGCUUGCCGACCUGGCCAAGAUCCCUGCCGUCCUUGAGGGCGAGCGGUUCAAGCACAACUGGGGUACGGCCGAGAAGCUGUACAAGUCUGAAGCCAUUGACUCUUUCGGGAACAAGUACCUCUUGGGUGUCUUCGAGACCCAGAAAGAGGCCGAGAAGGCCUUUGAUGAGUGGAACAAGGAGUACGAACAGGCGGGUGCGGAUGUCAAGGAGUCCCUCAGCGGCUGGGCAAAGCAGCAGGAGGCUGCCCUGGCUGAGGAUCAGGAUGAAAUUGACAGGCUUCGCAAGUCCCUCGAGGAAGCUCGAAGAUGA